AUGGAUCGGAAGAAAAAGGCCCCCUCACGGGCGCUGGAUUGGCUGCGCAGCGGCAACCGGCCGGGGCUGGUGGCCUCCCGCCUGUUCGACGCGGAGGACGAGGAGGACGUGCCCGAGCCCGAGGGGGCGGGGAUGAGCGUCUUGGAGAACAGGCGGGCGCUGGCCAGCCAGCGCAGCCAGCGGGCGCUCGCUGAGGAGGCCUUCACCCGGCGACGCGCCCAGGAGCAGCGGUGGGCGCGCAUGGCCGCCGAGGGGCGCAACGAAGCGUGGUCGGACGGGCGCGGGGGUGAAGAGGAGGAGAGGAGGCUGCAGGAACGCGAGGAGAAGAGGAGACGGUACGCGGAGCUGAGGAAACUGCAGGAGAGCGCGACGAUGGAUCGUCGCCGCGGCGGGGGCGGAAGCGGGGCGCCCAGGAGCGGCAGCGCGGAGCCGAGGAGGAGAUCGCGGAGGUCGGACGGGGUGGAGUCGGAUUUCGAGGGCGGGGUGGACCACAGACGCCGCGUGGAAAAGCUCCACGAGGGCCCGGGGUCGCUGUCGCAUCGCAGCCGCUCGCCGGACGUCAGGUCGCCCGGGAGGAGAGGGAUUCGAGCGCGCGAUCUGGUGGAGGUGGAGAAGCGGGAGGAGCGGGAGGGCGAACGCCGCGUGGAUGACCUGAGGGAGAUGAUGGAGGCGGCGUCCCUGGGGGACAGGUGCAACACGGACGAGGAGAGGGGGCAGAUGGCGUGGGCGAGGAGGAAGCGGGAGGAGGAGGUGCGGCGCGAGGUGGACAAGGCGUUCAUGGACCGGAUGAUCACGGUGCAGGGGAAGGACGACGCGGAGGUGAACAAGGAGAUCAAGAGGCUGCGGGAGGAGAAGGAGAGGGAGGUGCGGCGGCUGCUGGGGGAGUGGGAGGAGACCGACCGGCGGCGCCGGGCGGAGACAGACCCGGGCAGGCCGGCGCAGAGGCCCAGCGUGCCCAAGGUGGAGAUGGACAGCGCGAGGGAGGCACUGCAGGCGGUCGGGAAGCAGAACGGGGGCCGCCGGGGUUCGGUGAGCUUCGCCGGCGACGGGGAGGGCGAGGGAUCGCGGCAGGGCGGCUGGCGGAGGGAUGAGGCGCCGGCCGGGAUGCCAAUGCGCGGUGUUAGCAUGUCGCCUUCCAGAACGGACUCCGAGAACCUGGAGGAGGAGGUUCGUCGGCUCAGGGCGCAGAGGGAGGCCGACAUCGAGCGGCACAGGAGGGAGCGGCACGAGCUGGAGAGGCGGCACCGGGAGGAGCUGCGCGCGCUGAAGAUGCGCCAGGCCGUGGACAGCGGGGACAGCAUGUGGACGGGGCCGUCGGAGGACGACCGGGAGCGCCAGAGAAUGGAGCGGCAGCGGCGGGAGGAGGCGCUGCGGGAGCGGGUGGCGCGGGCCAGGGGGCAGGACAGGGGGAGGGCGGAGCCAGGGCGGAUGGAGGCGGGGAGGGACGAGGGGCUCAAGCGGGCGGAGGAGCGGCGGCGGUGGGCGGAGAUCAGCGCCAUCAACAGGAGCGCCACCAAGGCCACCUGA